GCAACUGUCUUUCUGAGAGUCAUCUUGCAUCAGUAAAGCAACGGCGAGAUGAGUGUCAAAGACAAGGCUCUCCUCAUGGGAGGCUCCGAAGCCCUUCCGCAACCUUGUCCCCAUCAAGGGAGGAAAUCCCCGCGUCGUAACUUGCGAAGAUGGUUGUGGGGUUUUAUCGCUGUCAUGUUUGCGUGUCAUACACUCCCUCGUUUGGUAUACUACAAUGCUUCCCACGACUGUGUGCAACCCGAUACUAUUGUUCCUAAGCGACGUCAAGAUAUCACUGACAAGAACUAUGAAGGCCUGUUCAAAAAAGAUGCCGAGUGGAGGAAGGAAGCCAGUGAACGCCUCGCCCAGGCUGUCCGAAUUAAGACGGAGACUUUCGAUUUUCUGAGAGAUGUCCCACCGCCUCAGGAUGGGGAGGAUGUUCCUGAGAGGAAGGGAUUGGAGGAAUUCAGGCAGUGGUUGGAGAAGGCUUAUCCUCAGGUGCAUCAAAAUUUGUCAAGAGAAGUAGUCAACCGAUAUGCUCUCUUGUACACCUGGAAGGGUACAGAUGAAUCAGCAAAGCCGCUCGUGCUCUGCUCCCAUAUGGAUACGGUCCCCGUUCCCGAGUCUUCAUUGGAUCAAUGGACACAUCCCCCUUUCUCCGGUUAUAACGAUGGGAAAUAUAUCUGGGGUCGUGGCAGUGUUGAUACCAAAAAUACCCUUGUAGGCAUUGUUGAAGCAGUCGAAACGUUGCUGCGGGCCGGAUUUGAACCGCAGAGAACCGUCAUUCUGGCUUUUGGUUUCGAUGAAGAAAUCAGUGGAUAUCAGGGAGCACAAUACUUGGCAAAAACGCUACUUGACCGGGGAUUGAAGGACGGUGUCGAGCUCUUGGUUGAUGAAGGGCCGGGGAUUGGCGAGGAUCAGGGAGCAACCUUUGCUCGGGUAGGAGUAGCAGAAAAGGGGUAUACAGACGUGACGAUAUCUGUUAUUACUCCUGGGGGCCAUUCCUCCAUCCCCCCUGCUCAUACUGGCAUCGGUAUUCUCUCACAUCUCAUAACUCGACUUGAAGCCAACCCCCACGAAGCUGUGUUGAGUGACGACAACCCCUUUUUGGCAUAUUUGCGGUGUGAGGCGAAAUUUGCGCCAGAUAUGAGUCAAUGGUUGCGCACUGCAAUCCGAAAGAUCAAUAUCUUCCGCCCAGCACUCGUACGGUAUCUUAGCAAAGACCCACGCACGCGGUAUAUGCUCGCCACAUCUCAAGCGGUAGAUAUGAUACAUGGAGGCGUCAAACUUAAUGCUCUCCCUGAGUUGGCUACAGCGGAAGUCAACCACCGUAUUGCCGUUCACACGAAUGUUAGCCAAUUAGAGAGCCACCUUCGUCAUCUUCUAGGCACGACAACAGAAAAGCUUGGGUUGGAAUUUAUUUAUACCGAUCACUUGGGAAAGAACUGGACGAAAAACACACACUGCGAGAAGAAGUGGACAGGAACUGUGCAUAUCACCACGUAUAAAGGUGCUCUUGAACCUGCCCCGAUUUCACCUUUUGAAAAUUCCAAAGCGUGGAGCCUCCUUGGUGGGACAAUUCGCCGAGUCUCUGGUGAUAACUGGGAUUUGGGAAGCAAGGAGAAAGUGUUGAAGGCAAAUUCCACCUCAGGAGACCAGAAUCCCGUCAUUGUUGCACCAGUUCUGAUGCCUGCCAACACUGAUACUAGGCAUUACUGGAAUCUGACCAGGAACAUUUACCGGUUCAAUCCCGUGCGUGGCGAGAAAGCAUUUGGAGUGCACACCGUGAAUGAGCACAUUGCCAUUGAUGCAUUUGUGGAGUCUGUCGCAUUUUAUCAUGAGUUGAUUAGGAAUUUUGACGAACUGUAGACCUGAUGCGAUUUAUGGGCCUUUUUGUAUGCAAUACUUUUGUACUUGACCGUGCUGUUCAUAUUUUGAAUGACUAGCUAUCCUUGUCGCCCUCAUAAUUGCAUAUGGAA